UAUCUGGGAGCUCAUUGACUGGGAUAGAAAUUCCCUCUCUGUCAUCACACACACACCCUUCAGGGCCCAGUGCCCAGCAGUCGUCGGGUGGGGGUAGGGGGCUUGGAGCGUACAUCCAAUUUUCAACAAUCUCGCACACACACACACACUGUCACUGUCGUCGGGUGUCAGGGAUUGAUUCUAGAGGGGGAGAAUUAGCACAUGCGUUAAUGUUAGUCAGACCGGGAGGAGGCCAGGCAUCGCGGGGACCUUUUCGUGGAAUGUGACAAAGAGGGCGGAUGGGGGAACGGACAAAGUGAGGCGCGGAUGAAGUGGGGAGAAAGAGUGCGUGAGUGAGUGAGAGAAAGAGAGCUAGAAGAGAGCGAGCCAGAGAGGAGAACAUAUGAAAUCAUGUUGCUUCUUUCAUGGUGGUCAAGCAUCGAGCAAUCGAACGAGUGAGUGAGUGAGUGUUUGAGUGAGUGAGUGAAUGAGUGAAUGAACGUGAUCAUGAAGCUGUCUUGCUGUUGAUGCCUGACGAUUUCAACAAGGUUGAAACUUGAGUGGGAGUGGGUAGAAGUCGUAGAACAAGUGGGUGACGAGAGCCAACGAGUGAUGAGGAUGACGAUGGGGCUUGUACUUGUGUCGACCUGAGAAAGGGAUACAGAGCGAGACAGAUAGACAGACAGACAGAGAAAGAGGGAGUGAGAGAGAGAGAGAGAGAGAGAGAGAGAUGGGGUGCCAGGCCAAGAUGUUGUGCGCAUCCUGCUAAUUUCACUGCGGAAAGAAAUGAAUCCCACUGGUCAUGUUUUAUCAUUACACGCCGUUCCUCUUCUGUCUCCCCGCCUGCCCUCUGCAAUUAUCAGCCGUCUGUCGCUCUUAUUCUCCUCUGGUACCGAUGGUGCUGUAGUUUCUGCCAUGCCUUUCUGUCUACCUUCCCCAUACCUCUCAAUUCCGGGGGUGUUUUGAGUUCCUCAACUAUAUGCACCUUUCCUCCGGGUAUUACUACUUGCUCGCCAAGAUCUCCACCAAGCCAUCCUUACCUGGAUCACACUUUCAACAAGGUCUUUUGACGUCCCAGUACUUCUCCGGCGGAGGGAUGUGAUGUGAUUAGUCGCGAAUUACGCACACAAACAGGGAACCUUUCGUCACAGCAGUGUUCCGUAACCAGCUAUUGGUAGGACGAGCCUCAGGUCCUUACAUAUCAAGGACGUGGGGAUAGGAUUGACGCUGUACACCGUAUCCUCAGAAGUGAGUUAAGGCAUCUAGAUUGGUAACUGAAGUUGGGAUUUGUGAAUACGCGGACAGGCAUUUGCAAUGGCAGUGCAAUCACAGUAUCCGGCUAACGUCGUUCUUCCCGAUGGAAGCAACAGGUCUGGAGCUGCUGGUGGGAAUGAAGAUCAUCGCACCUUCUUGGCGGCAGGGCUCAAUCAGAGCUCAUAUUUCGGGAAGUUCCAGAAUCCGUCCCCUGUAGUGACCGGAUCGAAUCGUUAUCGCCUGUUCAACCAAUUAGUAGGUGGGCGGCAAGGUUACACGCUGCAGCUGGAUUCAUCACUGAACGGCGGCGACAAAGAGAUUGCUGCUGUUCCUCUCUCGAAUUCCCGCAAGAGGGCACGAGAAGGAGACGACCUACGCAGUCAAUGGCAACAGCAAUGUCCACAGACAUUGAUCGUGUCCGACUUCCCCCAGACUGGCCCCGGAUCUGUGGUUAACCCUCAAUCUACAGGUGUUUCGACAGGUUUGCGGCUUACCUUCGAGGAUGAUCGGCUGCGCUCUACUUCUCCAGUUUCCACGAGCGGGAGAGUCGAGGUAACGAAGAACUUCGCCUCCAACAUGCCCGACGGUCUCGCUGCACCUUUGCAGCAAGAUAGAGACGAUGAAAUUGAGCAACUUCUAAAGAUUCAGAAUGACCAGCUCAAGUCUUUUUUCGAAGAGAAAAGACAGCGGUACUCUCGCCAUCUUGUUGCAACAAUGGAGGAAGGAUUCGCUAGUAGACUGCGAGAGAAGGAUGCUGAAAUGGAUAAGGUGAAGCGCCAUAAUCAAGACUUGAUGAAGCGGUACACACAGUUCAAUGCUGAACUGCAUCACUGGCAAACUAAGGCUCGGGAGAUGGAAUCUAUGGUGAGCAUCUUGAGGUCCAAUUUGCAACAUGCUCAGCAGCAAGCUCAGUUUCCCUUGAGCCUAAAUCAAAGUAAAGAAGGGUGUGGAGACAGUGAAGCGGAUGACUGUGCCUCGUCUUAUGUUGAUAAUAUCAACGAUGCUCAUACUCGAACCUUCAAUGAAAACAAGGAGCUUCGUGAGCAGCGCACUUGCAGGGUGUGCAGAUGCAAUGAUGUCUCCAUGCUCCUUCUGCCAUGCCGGCAUCUGUGCUUGUGUCAGGAUUGCGAGGGCCAGCUUCACGCUUGCCCCCUUUGCCGCACACCCAAGAAUGCCAGCGUCCAAGUAUUCAUGUCAUGAGCUCCCAACUCAAACACCAACAAACCAUAUCCUCGGUGGGUGCCACAAAGGGCACCGACAUCAGACCCAUUUAUACAAUUGUACACAGGCUUGUGUCUAGUUACAGGAGAUUUUCACCCUUAGUUCUGGGGUGGUGACUCAGGUAGGGGCUUUAGGAGGCCGCUCCUUUGCGAGCGAAGGAAGAGCGAAUGUGGAUACCAUUGUUGAUGGUUCUCUGUGGAUGUCGAGUUGCUAUGGGGCCUAUGGUAACUCCCUGAAACUAGUCAGGGCGACUACAUCACCGAUCAACUCAUCUUCAGUUGAGCUGUAUAUGCACCCUAUUCGUACUUUUGUUGAUGUUGUGUUAUGUUGAUUUUUUUAUUUUUUAUUUUAUUUUUAAAAAAAAUAAUUUUUUGUGGGUAGUUAUCGCUGAGUUACAUUUUUGUGACCUCCACUUCCAUGCUGAUACGAAUCUUAGCAAUUAAGAACAGUUUUGUUCCCUUCUUCUGAACUGUAACCUGCCUUUUACGGGUGUGAGGGUCAUUAUCUGCAAUAGCCUGUCCUGAGUUCGUCGAAGGUGUAGUGGGGACAUCAUCAAAACUCCUUCUAGGUCCAAGCACUGCCCUUAGAAAUGUGGGGUUAUUUAGAGAUUUCUAGACAGUGAAGGCAUGACACUCUAGUGCAUGCAAUUCGCGAUCAGCCUUUGUGAUGACAAUUUCCGAUGCAAGUAGCUUCACAUAA